CUGGACACCAGGAGCCUGAUACAACACAAUACACACAGACGUAAGAUGGUGUCAUGAAGCUGAUCUUCGUCUUCAGAGACUCUCUGGCCGACGUUAGGGCUCCAGCGCUUGGUCAAUGUGUGCAGCUUGUUUCGGAUGAGAUGUUUGAGUUGCAGGAGGGAAGGACACGCCCACAGGCCUUAGAGUAUCCCGAGGAAGAUCAGACCGCCUCCUUCCUUCAAGCAUCUGGACGGACAUGACUUUAAACGGCAGCUGAACUGGCUCAGUGUGCAGGGGAUACGUUCUUCUUCUCAGUUCCUUUCAGAUGAUGAAAAAACAAGUGACCUUUGCAGAAAAUCUGCGGCUCCACCGGCUCCACGAUGAGGCUCUGCCGAGGAUGAAUCGGUUCAAAACAGCUGCGUUAAAAGAUGUUGGCGUGAACAUCAACAGACCAACGGCUGCAAGAAGACAACCACAACUCAUGCAAAUCCCCAAAACCCUGACUACAGGCCCGUUCCUGAAGCACACGGCGCUGACUCCGGCUCAGAAGGAGUUCCUGUACAGCGUGGCAGCUUCCUCCAGCCCUGCACACGUCCGCGACCUCAUCACACAGCACUACAUGAGCAUCCUGCACAGGCGAACACGCGCUGGUUACAGCCCGGACACAGACGACCUCGAUGCAGCUGCUGCAGCAGCGACAUCUGAGAACAUGAGAGACAAACGGCAAAUAAAGAAACAACAAUCAGACGCUUCAUUCAGAUUAAAACACAAGGAGAAAACAAAUGCUGCCGCGAGACGUUCGGGAAAAUCGUUUCUUCCAAACAUCACACACAGGGAAAACAGACGUUCAAACGCAGCAGCGUCUAAACACGGAAAACCUCAGAAACGAGAAACGACGGCUUCAACGCUGAGGAGAGAAAGUCCAAGAGUUUUGCAAACAGGAGCAAGAGUCAUGAUGGUGAUGGAGGAAGAGGAGGAGGAAGAAGUGGAUGAUUCUCUGAGUGACUGUCUGAGUUCACUCUCUGUGGAGGAAUCGGACGCCGACGCCUUCUCAGAUUUAUGAUUUUAUACUCAACAUAACCUGAUGAACGCAGCUGAGUGUAACCCAGUCAUACAUUUCCUUUUCUCAGAAGUCGAGAUAACGACUCACGAGUUGCAGCUCAAGUCGCAUUGUUGACACAACCUUGGUUCUUUCCAGUGUUUACAAAAGUUUUGUGAAUCAGUUUCCAAGAAAUCACGCGGCUCAUUCACGGCUGCUUGAACUGACCACAGCCGCUUAUUUUAGAGUCUUUAACUGCUUUUAUAUGUCUGUUAUUAAAAAGUAGAACAGAUUUAAUUUCUCUUUCAUUUUUUGUCAUAAUCCCUUGAUCAUGAGGCUGCAGACGCUGCAGAUCUCUUUUAACUUCUCAAUGCACUUGAACGCAGACGUGUCCACAUACUUUUGGCCACGUGGUCAGUGUUGUGAUUCAGUUUUACGGUGAGCAGGGUUGUAAUCCGGGGAUUUCUCCCGACACGCAGAAACAAGGAAGUGGUCUCUCACGAACCAUUUAGUCUCCCAGUAUGAUGCGCCUCUGUGGUUUGCUUCAGCUUCCAGUAAAUUCAUACACUUUAAUGUCAAAAUAUAACUCGAGACACAAGAAGCAGAUGGAGUGAAAUCAUAACUUUAAUAUGGGGAACAAAUGAAUGGAAGAAUGCCGACUACAGCUGAUCCAAGUCCUGUCGCGUGUGCGCAGGACACGAUGAGGGGUAAGAAUU